AUGGCAGAUGCAUCUACCUUGGCUCAGGGCUUGGUACCCCAUUGUCGACACUGUGGUAUCAUCGUCAAUCAACCACCCUUCUUUCAUGCAGGAGCUGGCUUGUUCUGCGGUCACUGCGAUGACCUCGUUGGCGCCGACAUCAGACGACAGCGCGAAGGAGCCAUAGCGGUCUUGGAUACCCGCGAGAGACGCCUAUUCGACAUGCACCUUCCCAUUACUUCUGGUCAAGCAACGUCCAUGCUGGUUAGCCGCGAAGACAAAUGGACUGAAUACCGCAACAAGAGAAUCCGAGCGAUCGAUGAUUCCAUUCUUCAUCUCCAAAAAUCCCUCUCGGAGAUCCAAAUGCCGGUUGUCCCUGCACAGACAAUCCCAAUGCACCUCACUUCGGUACUUGGACCGUUUGAGGACACCGUGGGAGGACGCGCUGCCAAGAACAAGAAGUCGAUGGAGUCCGAACUACUGGUACAUUGGGAUGUCGGAACGGACGACCGAGCCAGCCUAUACCUACGUGAACGCAAUCCCGGUAACAACAUACUUCGAUACCUUGUCAAGCUAGCCCGAAACUAUUCGUGGGACCAUACAACACACAUGAUCAGCUCUACGGUCAUCGAGCGUUUCCAUCACGACCAGGCCUACAACAAGAGGCGCUAUGUAGCGACAUGGGACGUCCAGGCGACGCACAACACAUGCGAAGGCUUUGGCUGGGUACGGAUGAGGGUCGAGGAGAUAUCUGCUGAUGAGCUUGCGAAGUUCGAUGUUACCAUCAACAAGUACGGUCUCAUCGAGGGCACCGACGGGUACAGUCACAAAGAGGUCGGUUUGUGCAGCAGAGGCCAGAACUGCACGAACGCUUUUGAGAACAAGUUACCUGCAGACGCCAACCAGGUCUUCACCCGCAAGUUCAGAAACGUGCAUGCUUGCGGUCCGCAAAGAGCCCACGUCAGCAGAGUUGAGGGUGACCUUGAGGGUUGGUGGAAGGGCAUAAACGAGUAG